UCGGGGCCUGCCCCGCCCCCAGACCUGCCUGCCCCCUUAUCAGGAGCUGGGCAGGGCCUUCCCUGAUCCUGACGGGGGGACCACACACUCCAGCACCCCGGCUGCUGGCUCCUCUGCACGAUGGGGACCUUAGGGAUCCUGCUUCUGCUCACGGGUCUGCUCCUGUCACCAGCUGAGGCCCAGAAGGAGCGCCAUCUGAAGCCCUGGCUGGUGGGCCUGGCUGCGGUCGUGGGGUUCCUGUUCAUUGUCUUCAUCUUCAUGUUGGCCAACCGCCUCUGGUGCUCCAAAGCAAGAGCUGAGGAUGAAGAGAAGCCCACAUUCAGGAAGAAUCCCAAUCCAUAUGAGGAGGUGGAUCUGAGAAAAGAAGACAAGGAGGGGAAGAAAGAGAAGGAGGAAAAGGCCGAAGAGAAAAAAGCUGGGAAGGGGAAAAAGGCCAAGAAGAAAGGAAAGAGAAACUUCGGGCUGGAGCUAGAGGAAAAUGAGGAGUGCAGGGACUAUGAGGAAGUCAAGAACACGGCCAUGUGAAGAUUCAGUCGCCUCCUCUAAGCAACCCGCCAGAAGUGCCCCUUCCACACCCUAGACACAAUGAACUAAACCUGAAGCCACUGCAGUGACUCCAUCUGGGGUUGAGUACAGCACCCUGAAUGAAGAGGCUUGGAACCCUACCCACCCCCAACCAAGGAGGACCCUUUGUGUGUUAUGCAGUCUAUACUGUUAUGAUUUGUUAUGCCUGGUGAUUCUUCUUGCACUUGGAGACCAUCCCUGGUUCCUGAGAAACUCCCAACCCACACACUCUCAUCGCUCCACCUGCUUCUCCCCACUGCCUGACAUCUAUUGACCAAAACUUCCUCCCUCCCGUUCAGCUUCAGGACCAGUAUAGGCCAGGGGCUGCCCCUCGGGGGAGAGCCUUUCAGAAGGGCUUCCGUUGUCCGCUGGGACUCAGUUUCCCCAGGGAGGAGACAGCUUUGGGGGCUGGGAGCAACGCCCGGGCAGCUGUGGGAGACCAAACUCCACCGUGCCCAGGUGCUGGGCAGAUCAGACGCUCCCUUUGCAAUCUUGAUCCUGCCGUCCUGAACCCUGAACUUUGAGCCCUGAGAGCUGUCUCCUGGAAAAGCCUUGCUCCCCCCACCCCUGGGUUUUUGGCUCAUGUGACUCCAUUUCCAGGCACAGGGUCUUGACGGGUGGGGUGACCCUGGGCGCACCAUCUUGGGAGGGGACAAGCCUCCCCUGCUCUCCUCACUUUCUUCAGGCCCUGGACCUUGCCCUUGAUGUUAACCAUUUCCUAAUGAGAACUUUGAUAAAGGCUGGCGUUUAUCAUUUUA